GUCACUCGGGGUAAGAGGGGAGAAAGGAAGACAUCAGGGGGUUGUCUGUGCAGAGGACGGUCCCUCGCUCCGGUUAGAAAAAAUGCUACAAUGAGCAGUUUCUUAGACUACACGGUGAUGAGCGGGGAAGGUGGCUCAUGCACUGUCAGGGCUUUUCACUCGGACCACGGGAUUACAACUUUCCAGUCGUGCGGGGCCACUGUUAACAACUGCGGGGUGGAUGACCAUUUCAUGGUGAGCAGAGCUUCUCCUGACUGCGUCUCUCACCAGCCGGGGUCGUACCAGUCUAAUGCCAGCUCUCUAAGUCUCCCCUAUGGGGCCCACCCGGCCUGCAGCUCUAACUAUGGACCCCAAAGUUUCUGCGCUACAUAUAACCACCAUGCCCUCGCCCAGGAAGUAGACACCACAGCUGCGUUCCCUCAGUGCGGCCCACUGAUGUACUCUGGUAACAUUUCCUCCUCCAUGGUUUCUCAGCAUCGCCAUGGUUACAGUGCCGCCCCCCUGGGUCAGCUGCAGUAUAGCCACACUGCCUACAGCGGCGGGCACGAGCAAGCGCCCCUUAUCCAGUGUUCAAACCCGCUGUCACCUCUGCAUGCAGCUCAUCUGGAGGCUUGCUGUUCACCUCUGUCUGAGGGCGCAUCGUCAGCACAGACUUUUGACUGGAUGAAAGUUAAGAGGAAUCCACCAAAAACAGGGAGGUCUGGUGAGUAUGGUUAUGCUGGUCAGCCGAACACGGUCCGGACCAACUUCACAACCAAACAGCUGACGGAACUAGAGAAGGAAUUCCACUUCAACAAGUACCUGACCCGGGCGCGCCGUGUAGAGAUUGCAGCCGCGCUGCAACUGAAUGAGACUCAGGUGAAAAUUUGGUUCCAGAACCGGAGGAUGAAGCAGAAAAAGCGAGAAAAAGAAGGGCUGCUGCCAGCCAAACUUACAUCCUCGGACAGCAGUCAGGAGAAAAUGGACGAUGCAGCAUCCGAGAAAUCUAUCUCAGCCCCAUCUACUCCUUCUCCCACAUCCUCCACUGUGUCUUCCACGGGGGCUGAUCCUUUCGCCUCCAACUGAGGGUCAAGUGACCCCUUUACCUCUAUAGGUCAAGGCGGCCUGUGUAUACCAAAUUCCAUACAAGUGUAUCAAAGGCAAAAAUUUGUUAAUGGAUGACAGUUGUGCCCAUACAUGCUGUGAACAAUGCACUAUUGGGGAACUCACGGACCACUUCUGGACCAUAUUCGUUUUAUAUUGUGUGUUGUGUUUGCAAGAUCUAUAGCCUUGCUGCCAUAAAAAACAAAGUGCAUUGGUUAAAGUCUGUCCAUUCGCUUUUGAAAUUGUAAUUCGCCACAAUUAUGCUGUGCAAGAGACACUCAGCGCCAUCUUUAAGUUUGCCUCUGAAGAGGCAAGUGUCACAAAUCUGCACUCACAAAUACCUCAGAUUUGCCAAACUUGUGCACCCCAGCCAGGCUGAUUGCACCGGAUGCCAUCAAUUAGGCAUCACACAAUCAACGAGAUAACCUCGGUUAUCAAAUCGUUAAUGAGUACACUGUUCCAGUAGCCACUUAAACACUGUCUCUUCUGUGUUUCAGGCCUGUGUGUGUCAACUGUUUGUCUGUUGCGUGAGGUUUGCAUGAUGCGUAAUGCUUUCAUGUAUUAUUAGUGAGAAGCUGAGUUUUAUCAGUUGCGGAAUCGGUCAUUUUAUGGCUUUGUACGUUUGAAGCUUUAACCUGCUAGCUGUUGAAUCGAGUGAAGCACACAACUGUUUAGUCCAGAGAGACG